UUUAUUGUUACUUAAGAACGUUGGCUUUACCAAAAGAAAAUGGUGGAAGUUACUUAUAUUCAAAAAAAAGCUUUUGCCAUAAAAAAAAAAGUUCUUGCCCCGUGAAACUCAUCUCUCUCUAAUCUCUGACUCGUGCUUCCGAAAAUGAAAGUUUGAGACUUUUUAUUGUGUGUGAUUGAGACAGACACAAAAAGCCUUAAUUUUUCAUUCACCUUCUACAAGAGGAAAGCAAAAUUCUGGCAAUGAAAGCAAAAUACCCAGAGAGCUUUAAAUACAAUUAGCGCGACGUCGCAUCUUCUUCCCUCUUAAGAACUAAAGCUAAUCCCUUCUCUCUCUUUCUUUCUCUCCUAUUUAAAGCCUCUCUUCAAGCUCUGCUUUUUCCGGAAAACAUGGCAUCCGUUAGAUUCGAAUCUGGGUUUUAUCCUCUUUCGUCGAGCCCUUCUCUUGGGAAUUUCGUCGAACGGAUUCAAGACGCUUGCCAUUUCCUCGUCUCCGCUGUUCUGGGUACCAUCAUCUCCGCGAUCUUGACCUUCUUCUUCGCUCUAGUGGGUACAUUGCUUGGAGCAGUUACAGGAGCUUUGAUAGGCCAAGAAACAGAGAGUGGUUUCAUCAGAGGAGCAGCCAUUGGAGCCAUUUCUGGUGCUGUUUUCUCUAUAGAGGUCUUCGAAUCAUCGCUUGAUCUCUGGAAAUCGGACGAGUCAGGUUUCGGAUGCCUUCUCUACUUGAUUGAUGUCAUUGUUAGUCUUCUGAGCGGGAGACUCGUAAGGGAGCGCAUAGGCCCUGCAAUGCUAAGUGCAGUGCAAAGUCAAAUGGGAGCUUUGGAUGCACCAUUCGAUGAUCUCUCGAGCCUGUUCGAGACAGGAGGAUCAAAAGGAUUAACAGGAGACAUUGUUGAGAAGAUCCCAAAGAUAACAAUCACUGGCAACGAUAACACAGAUGCUGGUUCCGAGAACAGAGACUCCUCUUGCUCUGUUUGUCUUCAGGAUUUUCAGCUUGGUGAAACAGUAAGAAGCUUGCCUCAUUGUCAUCACAUGUUUCACUUACCUUGUAUCGACAAUUGGCUCCUCAGGCACGGUUCUUGUCCAAUGUGUAGACGUGACCUCUAAUAAUUCUCUACCUCAAGAGUCUGGUCCUCCUCUCAACUUUCAUGUAAAUUACAGUUCUUUUUUUUUGCUUUUUACAGUUACCAUUUACACCAGUCAGAGUUUUACUACUAUGUUUAGUCAGCAGAUGUAUAAAAGAAACACACAAAAUAAAAAAUGAGUUACUUUUUUUCUUUUGUCUUUGUUGUGUUGUGGCUUAUGUUGUGUUCCAUUGAAACGAGAAACAAGAUGGUUGGCUAUUUUAGAGGUCUUGAGACCAGAGACCACAAGUCAUUGGACCAAAUCCAUCAAAAGAUGGUACUAGAUUCUUGUCUGGUAUUACCAAAUUAAG